UGAAUGAACACUGGAAACACAGAGAAGAGUCAUAUAGCCGUGUUCUUUGCACGGACCUGAUUUAUAACCUUUAUUUAUUUACGUUUUGCGCUCGGUAACAUAAUUUAGUUUAAUCAUUGAUAGAUAAUGUGACGUGAAAAGUUUGGCCGGCGGAGGCGAGUGCAAAAUCCACAGCGGCAGAUGAGCGAUGACACGCGGAGCGCAAAACCUGCGGAGAUUUAAAUAGGCUUCGCGCGGACCGUCACGCCACGGGACAGUCGUUUCACUCAACAGCAGCGGUAUGCCACAAACUAGCUACUUUUGGGUUUCGAUUGUUGGUUAAGGAAGGGUAAUCUAAACUCCAGGCUUGGGUCUUCUGGGACACCGGUACAAUGAGUAAACUCAGUCGUUUUAGUAACCUUGCCAAGUUUAUCUCAAAGUCGCCUGAUAAUGGGCCAGUCAGUGGGGAACAGCUCUGCAUGGAAGACUGCAAACCUGUGUGCCGCUGCGGGCCGGAACCAUGUGUUUGUCCUUUCUCAACAAAUAGAAAAGAUGGAUCCAAAUAUAAGGAAAACGGAAGUCCCCCGGAAAACUGGGACUCUGGAAAACAUGCUUUUGAUAAUCUUGGCUAUGAACCAGAGAGCCACAAUGCACAGAAGCGCAAUUUGGGCAACCAAUUAGCAGUCAAGGAGAGCGAGGCGAAGAUCCGGGUGCUGGGAAUGACCUGUCAGUCAUGUGUCCGAUCUAUUGAAGAGCGGAUUGGACAUCUUGAAGGUGUUGUUGGUAUCCGGGUGUCUUUGAGCGAUAAAGAAGCCUCUUUGAGGUUUAACCCUGCAAAGAUAACACCAGAGGCUUUGAGAAAACAUAUCGAAGAUAUGGGGUUUGAUGCUUCACUUCUGGCCGUGUCAAGUCAACCGCAGCCUUCGGUGACUGAUUGGUCUGAGGUAACGUUAGGCGUUGAAGGGAUGCAUUGCGGGUCAUGUGUGAAGAACAUAACAGAGACUUUGUCGGGAGUGGUGGGUGUCAACUCUGUAUUCGUUUCACUGGAAAAAGGAAGUGUGGACCUCAGAUUUGACCCAUCGCUGCUAACCCUGGAGACAGUUAAAGGGAUCUUAGAGGAGAUUCCACCAGGGAAUUUUAGAGUUUCCAUUCCUGGUUGGAAAUCUAGAUUGAAUUCUGCCAGAAUUCAGACUGUCACCAUUAGAAUAGAAGGAAUGACAUGCAAGUCUUGUGUUCAAGCCAUAGAGGGAAUGGUGUCCCAGAGAGCUGGUGUAUGUGCUAUUAAAGUAUACCUACAGGAGAAGAAGGGAAUCAUAACAUUUGACUCCAGCGUGACCUGUGCGGAAGAACUGCGGGCGGCAAUUGAGGACAUGGGAUUUGAAGCCAGGCUGGAUAAAGGUUCUGGAAAUCAUGAAGCUUCAUCAAGCAGUCACAUGUCAAGUGCUUUAAAAAAGAAACAUAGAUCCAAAUCCUCAGCAAGUGAAAUAACCAAAGACAACCCCGGUGACUCAGAGGAAAGUGAGGCCCAGAAAUGUUUUAUUCAUGUGACAGGGAUGACCUGUGCAUCCUGUGUGUCCAACAUUGAGAGAAAUCUGUUGAAAAACAAAGGUAUUAAAUCGGUAUUAGUCGCUCUGAUGGCUGGUAAGGCAGAGGUGAAGUAUGAUCCACGGCUUCUGGACCCACCACAGAUCGCCCAACUCAUCUCUCGCUUGGGGUUUGGUGCCUCGGUGAUGGAGAACACAGUCCAGGACGGUGUCUUGGAUCUAUCUGUCACUGGUAUGACAUGUGCUUCCUGUGUCCAUAACAUCGAAAGCAAACUUCUGAGGACAAAAGGAAUAAUACAAGCCUCUGUUGCUCUGGCCACAAACAAAGCUCAUGUGAAGUUUGACCCGGAUUUAAUAGGCUCUAGAGAUAUCAUCCGAAUUAUUGAGGGUUUGGGUUUUGGAGCGUCUAUGAUAAAAAAUGAGGGAUUGAACAACACACUAGACCACCGAAAAGAAAUUCGACGAUGGAGGAAAUCGUUUCUGCUCAGCCUGGGUUUUGGGGUCCCAGUGAUGGUUCUAAGGUUCUACAUGAUGGCGGCGGACAGUCAACACAAGGAACAUGGUGGUUCUGUGGUUUUGGAACAGACCUUCCUACCUGGUCUUUCCAUCAUUAACUUCAUCUUCUUUGUGCUCUGCACAAUUGUUCAGUUUAUAGGUGGCCGAUACUUCUACAUACAAGCAUACCGUUCGCUAAGACAUGGUGUAGCCAACAUGGAUGUGCUCAUUGUGUUGGCGACUUCCAUUGCUUACGCGUAUUCAAUCGUAGUGCUGAUCGUAGCCAUUAUUGAAGAAGCCAAAGAGAGUCCUCCUACAUUUUUUGACACUCCUCCAGUGCUUUUUGUGUUCAUCGCUCUGGGACGCUGGCUGGAGCAUAUUGCAAAGAGUAAAACAUCUGAGGCUCUGGCUAAACUGAUGUCACUUCAGGCCACAGAUGCCACUAUAGUUUCCCUGGGGAGAGACAACACCAUCAUCAGAGAAGAGCAGGUUUCUGUGGAGCUGGUGCAGAGAGGCGACGUGGUAAAGGUGGCACCAGGGGGAAAGUUCCCUGUUGACGGGAGGGUCAUUGAAGGCACAUCAAUGGCAGACGAGUCCCUUAUCACUGGGGAGCCGAUGCCGGUCAUUAAGAAACCAGGCAGUUGUGUGAUUGCAGGCUCUAUUAAUGCUCAUGGAGCUCUGCUAGUGGAAGCCACACAUGUAGGGGCAGAAACCACACUCAGCCAGAUAGUCAAACUAGUGGAAGAGGCUCAGACAUCAAAGGCACCGAUUCAACAGUUAGCUGACAAACUGAGUGGCUACUUCGUUCCAUUCAUAGUGGUCAUCUCCGUGCUGACAGUGGUUGCGUGGCUCACUGUUGGCUUUCUGAACUUUGACAUUGUGGUGAAGUAUUUCCCUGAUUACGACCAAAACAUCCCCCGAACAGAGGUGAUCGUUCGGUUUGCCUUCCAGGCCUCCAUCACAGUUCUGUCUAUUGCGUGCCCCUGCUCUCUUGGUCUGGCGACCCCCACUGCUGUUAUGGUGGGCACAGGGGUGGGCGCUCAGAAUGGCAUUCUCAUAAAGGGAGGAGAACCUCUGGAGAUGGCUCACAAGGUUAGGGCUGUUAUGUUCGAUAAGACGGGCACCAUCACUAAUGGUGUGCCGCAGGUGACCCGAGUACUGGUCCUGUGGGACCGAGCAAGGCUUCCUCUCCGGAAGGUUCUGGCUGUGGUGGGCUCCGCUGAGGCCAGCAGUGAACACCCGCUGGGCAUUGCUGUUGCCAAGUAUUGCAAAGAGGAGUUGGGAACAGAAACUCUGGGCUACUGCCAUGACUUCCAGGCUGUUCCUGGCUGUGGAAUCAGCUGUAAAGUCUCCAACAUUGAGGAUCUGCUGCAGAACAGCCCAGAGACACAAGAAACAAACACAUCCAAUGCAAAGCAGACACGACUUCUUGUUACCCUCCAAGGAGCCACCACAGAUGAGAGCAGUCUGGUGGCAGACACAGAUUCAGGGUCAGGUAGCCCUUCGUACUCUGUUUUGAUUGGGAACAGAACGUGGAUGACAAGGAAUGGUUUGGAGGUCACAGCUGACGUGAAUGAUGCCAUGAGCAGCCAUGAGACUAAAGGACAGACGGCCAUACUUGUGGCCAUCGAUGGUGUGCUGUGUGCUAUGUUAGCUGUGGCAGAUACAGUAAAGGAAGAGUCAGCUCUAGCUGUUCACACCCUGAGCAGUAUGGGAAUAGAGGUCUUCAUGAUCACUGGAGACAACAGACGCACAGCCCGGGCCAUCGCCACACAGGUUGGCAUCAGAAAGGUGUUUGCGGAAGUCUUGCCUUCCCAUAAAGUGGCGAGAGUCCAGGAAUUGCAGCAGCGAGGUCUGAAAGUUGCAAUGGUGGGCGAUGGGGUCAAUGAUUCGCCCGCUCUUGCCCAUGCCGAUCUGGGCAUUGCCAUAGGAACAGGCACAGACGUUGCCAUUGAAGCAGCAGAUAUUGUCCUUAUACGGAAUAAUUUGCUGGAUGUGGUGGCCAGUAUCGAGCUGUCUAAAAAGACGGUGCAGAGAAUCCGGAUAAACUUUGUGUUUGCUCUCAUUUACAACUUGCUUGGCAUCCCUGUUGCAGCAGGUGUUUUCAUGCCAGUUGGGCUGGUGCUGCUGCCGUGGAUGGGCUCUGCUGCGAUGGCAGCUUCAUCUGUCUCAGUUGUGCUCUCCUCUCUACUUCUGCGGUGCUACAAGAAGACAUCAGUAGAAGAAUAUGAGUCCAGAGCUCUGAAUAAUAGGCUCAGUCUCAGUCCGUCUCAGGUCAGUACCCAUGUAGGAGCAGAAAGCCCUCGCUGCAGCUUGGACAGGCGAAGCCGUUCAGCCUCAAGCUCCUCCUCCCUGAAAUCAAACUCCUCCUACCCCUCCACAACAAAGCCAUACAGCACCUCAGAAAGGGACAUUGUAUAAAGCAACUAGACAUGAGCAAACUUGAUGACAGUUGACUGGAAAUAUGCUAUCAUGGAACAACAGCUGUGAGGAAUACAUAUACAAGUUUAUGAAUGUAUCAUUUUAUAUCAUUUUACAAUUAUAGGUUUUAACUACUGCUGUUUUAAUAGGAAACCAUGGCAUUAAGGGUGACAGAUUUCCUGUUGCAUAUUCAAGGAAGGGGUUAUGUUGAUUCACUGUGAUUCCAUUUUUUCUGCUACCAGUUUUACUCUUUAAAGUUGUCUGCUGUAUUUUUAUCAGAGUUUAGCAACAUAAUCAUACUUUCUUUAUUGCACUGGAGGAGGGCAAUGUAAAUGAUGAUCAUACAUGUAAAAGCAGUUUUGUACUAAAAUGGUCAUAAAAAUGUAUGUAUUGCUUGUUUUCUUUACGUGAAACUUACCUUUUUUUCUCAUGGCAGAAUUUAGAAGCCAGUGUCCAAUAAAGAAUGCAGAAAGCAACCAAAUAUUGGUAAAACUGUGCCAACAAUUUCUAACAGAAAACUUGACAUUGCUCUCUUGUGGUUUGGAGAAUUAAUAGAUGGAUGGAUCGUUUUGUACCUACCGUAGAAGGUUGAUUUGGCAUUUCUUGGCCAACAGGUGUCAGUAACGUUGAACAGUUUAACAGUAGAGUUUGUGGAAACUGAAUCGCCUUUGAUCCAACAGAAGAUUCAUACAAUCUGACCGUUUGUAUAUAAAACCUUUAGUGACACUUUUGCUUAAAAAAGUGAAUAUGUUUAUUUAGUAUACAGUUAGCAGUGUAAAACGAGCCUGUCUAUGAGUUUUCAGAUACAAAAUAAAGUGCAUGGUCCCAGCA